AUGCAAGCCGUGGCCAAACACGACCAAGCGCGUCGCUGUUGGGUGGCGUUUUUUUCGCACGCCUGCCGCUCUUGUGUGUUCAAGUGUGUCUUCCUGAAUUCAAUCCACCGACCAGCCACUAUGCCGACCUCUGCACGCAAGAGCAGCGUCGGUGUAGCACGAAGGGGCCCCAUCAAAGCCCACUUACCCUACCGAGGCGACCAGUCUGAAGUGGGCAAGAAAACCGGUCUUACAAUCCCACAAGUCGAGCGCCAUUCCGAUGGGUUUGAGCCGUUUGAGGAGGUCUUGAGGCGGAUGGACGGUCUGGCGCCCCCUAAGCCUAAGAGGAAGAAGAGCAUUGCUCCUGUUGUUAAUCCGGAGUAUGAUGAAGAGGAUGGGGAGAUGUCGAUGCAGCUUGAUAGCCCUGUUAAUAAUUUGGCUAGCAUGCGGCCGCCGAGUACGCCAGCGACGGUGAAGCGCGUAGGGUCGACGAGCCGCCCCGUGGCGCGUACCUCUGAUGUUGACUUUGACCGUAUCCCGUCCCCGAAGGUCCGGUCGCAAUCGAGGGCGAGUUACGGUGCUGGUCCAUCGAGCCUCUCAAAGUCGGUCAGCCGACGCGAUGUAGAGCCUGAAUCUGAUUCGCCAGAUGAAGGCGGGGGUUAUGAUGACGGUGGUCAGGAUAAUGCUGACUUGGACGUGGAUGACGGGAAUGGUGGUGGCUUUGAUUUUGAUGACUAUGGACCUCAGGAGUCAUCCCCCAGCAGUCGACGAACGCCGAAGCAGACUAGUUUCACGCAGAUGGACCAGGACGAUGACGAAGAGGAGGGAGAGGAGGAAGAUGAGCCACCCGAGGAGACACCUACGAAGAAUAAGCGUGAUAAGGGGAAGGGCAGGGCUGUUGAAGUUGAAGAAGAGGAACAGGACGAUGAGGAUGUGGAGGAUGAUAUUGCGAAUGGGUUGGAGGAUGUUGAUCAGGAACAGUUUUCGGAUGAUGAAGAGGAAGAAGAGGAGCCUGAGGUCAGGCCAAAAGGCAAGAAAGUGAGGCUGUCAGAAGCUAAACCUCGGACAGAGACACGGAGUAGAGGGAAGAAAGAGAAUAAACCUUAUCGCGAAGGAGUGCGGAAAAGCGCUCGUGAACACUAUAAGCCUCUAGAGUGGUGGCGAGGCGAAAAACUUGUCUAUGGCCGGAGUGAAGACCGCGGGUCCAAAAUCCUCGUCCCACAGAUCCGCGAAAUUGUGCGGAUACCCAAGGAAGUUCCAUUGCCGCUGGGUACGCUGGGUAAGCGGAAAAGGAGGGCACGUAGUAAGAGUGCGAAAGACGCGUCCGCGACACCUGCCCCUGCCCCUGCUGUUGCUCUAAACCCCGAAGAAGGCUGGGACGAAGACACACCGGAUAGCUGUCCAGUACUUGUGUAUGGCGCGGACAAUCUGGAGCCCGUUACCCGACGCAUUGCAUGGACCGCGAAGAUGGUCAAAACUAGGCCUGCUGCGAACGCCGAUUGGUCAUUUGACAAAAUAUUUGGAGAUGGAGACUUUCUCGCUGCUGGACACCUGGUCAUUCCUCCGCAUGGGCGUAAGCCUAGUAAAGCCUCAAAGGACAAUACAUAUGUCUUCUACGUCGUUGAGGGUGCGGUCAACUUGAAGAUACACGAUACCUCAUUGAUCCUCGCAACAGGGGGAAUGUUCAUGGUUCCCCGUGGCAACACCUAUUUCAUUGAAAACAUCUCCAACCGUGACGCCAAACUCUUUUUCACGCAAGCCAGGAAAGUCGCUGCCAGCCAGGAGGAGGUGGAAAAUGAAGCAAGGCAAGCGGCGGCGAAGAGGGCGUUGCGUUCGUCAAGUGCUGGGCCUAUGGGAACGCCAGGACAGGCUAAUGGGAGAGCGCGCUCGAGAACGGCGCCUGUGGCUAGGGCUGCAUCUACUAAGAUUCUAUCCCUCAUUGCUCGGAUAAAUGUUUUGACGUGUUGUGGUUGUGAUAAAAUAACAACCUUUGGAUUCCCUUCAUCCCAGUCAUCUCCACGCCAUCAGCUCUCAUCGCGCACAAAAGGGGACCAACGACAGUUUACGCUCACGCAAGCAACGGUGACAUUACAUUUCUUGUUUUUGCAGACAAGGAACCACUGGUAA